AUGACGAGUGAAACAUUGCUUGUUAAAGGCAACAAAGUAGAAGUCACCAGUGAUGAAGAAGGGUUUGGGGGAGCAUGGUACAUUGCAACAAUAGUAAAAACUUCUUCAAAAGCACAGAAAGGCAAGAUCUUGGUUGAGUACGAGUCAUUACUUGCUGAUGAUGAAAAGAGUCCGUUGAAAGAGUACAUUGAUGCUUCCUUGAUUAGGCCUUUGCCACCAGAAGCCAAAAAGUUCAAACCUUUUGAAGUUUUUGAUGUUGUUGACACUUUUUUCAAGGAUGGCUGGUGGAAAGGUGUUAUUUCUGAAGUUCGUGAUUUGGGAGGGGAGGACGAUAAGAAGACCGCGGCAUACACUGUUGUUUUUGAAAACCCACCUGACCAAAUUGAGGUUGGACCUUCAAGUUUGAGGCUUCACUUCGAUUGGUUUGGUGGUUCAUGGGUUAAACCCAGAAAACAAAAGAGAAUGAAAGGGUUGAAGUUUAGCAAAGGAAUGGUUGUAGUAGUGAAUAUUGAUGAAGGAAGUUCAAGUAAUGAUUGGUUUGAAGCAGUUGUUCUUGAAGAGGUAGGCUUCAAUUCUUUCCUGGUGAAGCUGAGUAAUUCCGAAGAUGACAAUGGCCUUAUGAAACUAGUAGUAGAUUCCUUCCACAUCAGACCUCCGCUUCCUAACUUGGAGUCAGAAAAUUUUGAACUCUUGGACAAAGUAUAUGUUUUAUACUGCUCAGGUUGGAGGCUUGGCUUCAUCAACAAAAUUCUUACUGAGGGAAGGUUUAGUGUCAUGCUGAAGCAUUUAAAGGUGGAAAAGGAAUUCUUUCACUCGGACAUAAGGCCAAGCAUGGAUUUCGUAAAUGGCAGCUGGGUUCAUUAUCACAAGGGGGCUCUUUUUCAGGACACAAUGAAUGGCGGUUAUAGUCAAGAAUACCCAUCACUUGCGAACAAUAAUGCCAAUAGUCUUGAGAUAGCUGUUCAGCUCGAAAGUUCAAGUGCUGCCAUGUAUGACAAUAAUGAGAAUACUCCUUGUACAAAUUCAGAGAAGAAUCCAAUGCAGCACUCGUUCUCUUAUGGUGCAACUUACCCCCGUAAAAGAAGAGUUCUGACUGCUUGUAAGAAAGUAAAGAAGACUUCACCUAGCAGUGAGCCUACUCUCUUAACCCUUCGCAAGAAGUCUAGAUUGGACAAAUGUGCCAACUAUUUAUCUUCCCUAGAAUGUAGUGCAAAGUUAUUACCGGUUGAGACACCCAACCAAGGAGCAGAAGUCUCCAGUACCUCACAAACAGAACACGCAAUGAAUCAUGUGGCUUACCAGCAGCCUAUCAGUGAAUAUGAGAGCCCUUUCAGUCAAAAGAAUGACGAGACUAACCAACAAGAAAAUGUACUUGAGGAUGAAAUGAUGAUUUCUGCAGAAGUGGGAAGCACACAACCAAGUUCACAACUUACAAGCCAGCUGGUCCAAACAGCAGGUGUACUGAUGCUGGAGACCAAUCAACCUGAAACUGGAGUCGAGGAUGAAAUGAUGGUUUCAGUGGAAGAUGGUGGAGUGUCACCACAUUCACAAGCUAAAAGCCAGGUGGUUCAAACAGCUGAUGUACUAGUUCAGGAGGCUAAUCAACAAGAAACGGAAUUGGAGGAUGAAACAAUGAUUUCUGUGGAGGAGCAGAUGCCACCGUGUUCACAAGUUGAGGGCCAGCUGGUUCAAAUAGCAGGUGUAAAAAUGCAGGAGACCCAUCAACUUGGAACUGGUAUUGAAGAUGAGACCAUGAUUUCUGCAGAAGAUGGGGGAAUGCAAACACAUUUACAAGUUACAAGUCAGCUGGAUCUAACUGCAGUUGAAGAGCAUAAUGUUGCUGGAGUUGGUGCAAUUAACACGGACUUAGAAAAUCCUGCAUCUAAAGAAUUUAAAUUGCCUACAGGGCUUGUGGAGUCUGUUGGUAUGUUGGUCUGUCAACGUGAGACUCUGGACAUGAGACAGCAAGUAGAAAUGAUCGCCCAAUAUCCUCAAAUGGAUGCCUCGGUCGAUGGUGAGCUAGCAGAGCAUCAACUGGUGCCAUUUCUGAGGAACUCACCUGUUUGGGACAUGGUUGAAUCACUGGAAGUUUUCCAAAGAAUGCCCCAGAAACCACAUUUCAAUCCUUUGGUCAAAUGCAAAGAGUUUGAUCGUGAAGGAUCUGCAAUUGGAAAGAUGGUGCAAUUUGCCACAGUGGUUGAGAAGACUUCUGAGUUGCAACUGGGUGACCCUCUUACUGUUUUCAAUAGCUAUUUGGAAACUCUUGCUGACCUGAAAAGCUAUGGAUUUGAUGUCGAGGCAGUAGUUUAUCGUAUUAAUGGUCUAUUGUCAAUCAAAGAAAGCCAAGAACAGCUUCAGAGUACAUCAAAACAAGUUGAGAUUCAGAUUGCAGAGUGUACUCGUGACAGAACCAAAUUGGAAGAGGAUAUCGAGGCAGUCAACAAGAAGAUACGCAAACUAGAAGAGGAGCGAGGAUUGGCCUUGUCAAUGAAGGAGAGCAGAGAGUCAGAGAUUACUAACUUGCAAAUGCAGUCCAGUGGUAUCAGUGCAGACAUUUCAAAGGCUAUUCUUGAUUUUGAAGCUCUAGCUACUGCCUCUUGGUGA